CUGGCCAGAGCUCUGGUCCUGGCAUAACGCCAGACCAAUCCUAUCGCCGCGGAGGCGCUUCCAACACAGGGGAAACAGAUUUUCACAGGGAACUGAAUUUCGUACAACACCUGUUCACACUUUUGGAUUGUAGCAGCUCCAUACGAAAGCUUAGCUCWCUGUUUCUUACUAUUGUAUUAUUAUUAUUGUCCUUUAAUAGUUUGUUAAUUUAAGAGUGCAACAAUGAUUCAGCUGCGGUUGUUUGUCCACCAGCGGAUGUAUGCAGCAGCAGAAGACAUCCUCGGACAAGUUGAGAACAUGCUAGCUUUAUCAGAAGCCGAAGAUGCUCGACUCGAACAAAAUCUGCGACACCAGCUUAGUUCACCUACAGAGAAAACAGGGUUUCUGUUGAACACUUCUACCACAAAUCAUGGAGAUGAAGGCGACAUCUCUGUGCUGCAGGAAAACCAAGAUUUACGUUCAACCGAGCUGUCAAACCUCUGUCCGGAUCCAGAAGUUUCACGGCUGUCUCAGUCCCCUGCUGAUCUGGCCUCUGAUACCUGGAGCUUUCCUGCAACAGACUUCAAAAUGGUCGAGAUAAAAGAGGAGGAAGAGGAUCUUGUGGAUGUAAACCAAACACGAGAGACUGGUUUUAUGGAAUCUGAGGAGGAUCAGCAUCAGCCAAUAAACAUAAAUCCAUUUUCCUUCAGCUCAGGAGCAACUUUGGGUGAGAGUAAAGAUGAAGAGGAGCUGAUGAACAACAACACAGGAGGCAACAACACUGAAAACAACAAAGCAGAAAGUCAACCUGUUGAAGAAGAAAAAGAGCGCAACUUUUGCCGUUUGUGUGGUAAAUCCUACUUGAACAGCACCUCGCUGAAAAAUCACAUGAAAACACAUGAAGGUGUUAGAGAUUGUGGGUUUUGCGGGCUGAAACACCAAACGGCAAACAAACUGAUCAAACAUUUGAAGCAGUUUCACAGGAAGUCCCAUUUUUGCGACGUCUGCGGCCGGACUUACACCGCCAAGCGUCGCCUCAACCGGCAUAUGAAAACACACACGGGCAACAGAGACUUUGUGUGCCGGGAGUGCGGGAAAGCCUUUUACCGCAAAGAGCACCUCGUUGUGCACGUGAGGACGCACUCGGGCGAGAAACCCUACCGCUGUGAGAUUUGCGGCAAGGCUUUCAGCCAGAGCCAGAACGUGGCGAUUCACAAGCGAAGUCACACAGGAGAGAAACCCUAUCACUGUCGCCUGUGCGGCAGACUCUGCGUCACAAGCAGCGCCCUCAGCCAACACUUAAGAUACCACACGGGGGAGAAACCCUUCUCCUGUGACGUUUGCGGUAAAAAGUUUUACAAUGGCGCGCACGUGAGGCGGCAUAUGAUCACGCAUACUGGGGAGAAGCCCCACGCCUGCACUGUUUGUGGUAAGACGUUCAGCUUAAGAUGUAACCUCAAAGUGCACAUGAAGAACCAUUAAACGGCUGAAACAAAACUGCUAAAUUAACCAGACCAAACCUAUAUGUAUUUCAAAUUUAUUAAUACCUUUUGAGACGUUGUGAAUAUUUUUUUCCCUGCAUGCCAGGGAAUAUUUGAGAGCUUUUCUGUUUUUCUGAAACCCCAAAGACUCCUCAGCUCAGCUCUAUAUUUUAGGAGAGUUAAUGACCUCUUGUUUCACAAAAGUGUGUAAAACAAAUUCUUAGUUUGCUUUAGAGGACACAAGAUAAUCUUAUAUAUUGUUAAAUAAAACAACGUUUUAGCUAGUCUGAGUGGCUUGCAUUAAACGGAUACUGUUUUCCAAAAGAAACCGAAAUUAAAGCUGAAGUUGCGAUGCAGACUUGUUCUGACUGCCACUUCUAAUUUCCUCAUCACAGGGAUAUUCAGCUUGUAAAAUUAGCUUUGAUGUUUGAUAUGUAAAUAAAACUGUUUGUACCAAAGUUGCAAAGAUAAAAUGACAGACCUCUUCAGAAUGGCUGUGGCCUUACACGACCCAGCAGAAAAAAAGUUGGGUUUAAUUUUUUUCAUGAAAUAGCGCUCAUCUAGGACAGCCAACAGUUUUUUGUUUUUUUUUUCAAGGUUUGUUUAUGUGUUUAAACUUUUGGUUGACCCAGUAAUAAAGAUUAUAACAUA